AUUUUCACCCACAAACCACUUGUUUUCAUCCAUAGAUUAUAUACUCUAUUUUCACCUAUAUUAUACCAAAACUAUUUUACUUUUGUAUAUAAAUGAAUUUUCUAAGUAAUAUUUAUCAUGAGAGUUUGGCAGGGAACGAAAGGAACAUUCGCUUCUGGGAAAAUUAUAUACAGAACCUGAGAUGUAUAGACUUCAAUACGUUUUCCGAUAAACUAAAAGUGCCGGCACUAAUUCCGAUUGGUAGCAGGAUAUUGUUCAGAGGGGAACUGAGACACACUAACGAAGUGACUGUUGCUUUGGGAGCCGAUUAUUUUGUCAAAUGUUCUUUGAAACAAGCUGAGAUAUUAAGGCAACAUAGGAUAAAAGAUGCUGAAUCAAAAUUAAGCUCAUUCAGAAAAGAAAGAGAAUAUUUAGAAAACCAACUAUCCUUUCCUAAGACUACACUGUAUGACAAUGAAGGGCAAGAUAUCAUUGAGGUACACACUGAAGAAGAGGACAAAGCAUGGAGAGCAAAACACAGAGAGAAUAUCAAGAAGUACAAACAGAGUCAGAUUAAAAAAGAAGAUUACAAACAAGUAACAGAUGAAGAACUGUGGCAGAAACUGGAAGAACUAGAACUUCAGGAAGAACUUGAAAAUGAACUUGCUGAACUAAAAUAUGGUGAGUCAAAAGAAAAAACUAUUUCAAUAGAAGGUACGAAAAUAAAAACUCAAAUACCAGGUGAUCACAAACAAGCCAUAGCAAGUGAAAAGAAGAUUGUAUUGAAAACAGACGAAAUGACAAAUGAAAAUCAUAGUGAUUCUAAACUUGAAUUAUUGCAAAAAGUGCUUGAUAAACAAAAUGAGCUUGAAGAGAAGUUAGUGGAGUUAAAGAACAAAGAAAGAAGUGAUAGUAAGACUGAACAAGACCUUUUAAAGAAGCUUGAUGAGAUGGAAGAACUGGAAGAGUUAGAAGAUGAAAUGGACAGAUUGAAUGAUAUUUUAGAAACAGAUGACAUAGAAGAAUCAGAAGAAGACAUUACUCCCUGUCAAACUACCAAAAUGAACAGAAAAGUUUCGUUCAAUGACGAAGAUGACAGUGAAACAUUAGAAAUAAUUUUCCAACAUUCUAACAUUGAGCCUUGCAGAGAACCUUAUGAUCCUGCAAAAGGGAUUCAGAAACCUAGUGAUAUUUAUAAAGCUUUCUCACACUUGUUUAGUGAUCAAACAAUUUCUAUUUUAAAGAAAUCAAAAUAUACUGAACCAAUUCCUAGUGUAUCUGCAAACGUGAACAAUAAAAUAUUAGAGAAUGAAUCAAAAGACCCACUGUCACAAAGAGAAACAAUAGUGGUUAAGGAUGUAAUUGAAAAGGUUGAUCAGAGUGAUAAUCAAUACACGGAAAUACAGCGGCCUGUCAGUAUAUUUAAGAAGAGAAGACAACAGAAUAGAUGAAGUAGUAGAAUUUAAGAUAAAGUAAUA